CUUGAAUGUUUAGUACACUUUUCGAAACAAGUUUUGGCGGCAGCGAAAGCUAGGGCGUCAUUCACCACUUAGGCGCUUAGUGCGUCCACUCGGUUUUGUUCGUGCGUUUACUUGUGUGCGGGCGCGUGCGUGUGCGGCGUGGCGCGUGCACGCCGGUGCGUGACAGCUAGCAGUCCGACUGUCUUCGCGAGGCACAGCGGUAGCAUCUGUGACCUCGGUCUCCGUCUAUUUCCUGCUCUACAUCCACACACAGGUACCAUGGCUGAACGCGUGCUGGUGGUCGGAAGCGGUGGGAGGGAGCACGCGCUGGCCUGGAAACUGGCGCAGUCUCCUCAGGUCCAACAGGUUCUGGUAGCUCCAGGGAAUGCAGGCACUGCCAACUGUGGCAAGAUCCAAAAUUCAGAGGUCUCGGUGAGCAACCAUGCCAUCUUGGCUCAGUUCUGUAAGGACCAUCAUGUUGGACUUGUUGUGGUAGGACCUGAGGUGCCUCUAGCAGCAGGUAUUGUGGAUGACCUGACUGCUGCUGGAAUACAGUGUUUUGGCCCUUCAGCCAAGGCAGCCCAGCUAGAGGCCAGCAAGAGUUUCUCCAAGGCCUUCAUGGAGAGACAUGGUAUCCCCACUGCCCGCUACGGAUCCUUCACUGACCCUGAAGAGGCUUGCAACUACAUUCGCACGGCCGAUUUUCCAGCUCUGGUUGUCAAGGCCAGCGGACUGGCAGCAGGGAAAGGAGUCAUCGUGGCUCAGAACCAGGACGAGGCCUGUCAGGCUGUGCUUGACAUCAUGAAGGACCGAGCGUUUGGAUCAGCUGGCGACACAGUUGUGGUGGAGGAACUCCUGGAGGGGGAGGAAGUGUCUUGUCUGUGUUUCAGCGAUGGAUCUUCUGUGGCCCCGAUGCCUCCAGCACAGGACCACAAGCGUCUGCAAGAUGGAGACCUGGGCCCUAACACCGGUGGGAUGGGAGCCUAUUGCCCCACUCCUCAGGUGAGUGCAGAGCUGCUGCUGCAGAUCAAGGAAACGGUGCUGCAGAAAACCAUUGACGCCAUGAAAGCUGAAGGAACCCCGUAUGUUGGUGUUCUGUACGCUGGCCUGAUGCUGACCAAGCAGGGCAUCCGAGUCCUGGAGUACAACUGUCGCUUUGGUGAUCCUGAGUGUCAGGUCUUAAUGCCACUGCUGAGCAGUGAUUUAUAUGACGUCAUUUUAAACACCAUGAAAGGAAAACUGGCCUCUUGCCCCCCCGUGUGGCACCAGGAUAGCUCUGCAGUCACGGUGGUGAUGGCCAGUGCCGGCUACCCUGGUUCCUACCAGAAAGGAGUGGAGAUCACAGGCUUGUCUCAGGUGGAGGACAUGGGGGUACAGGUCUUCCAUGCAGGGACAACCCUGAAGGAGGGUCGAGUUGUGUCCAGUGGGGGUCGCGUCCUGACGGUCACAGCAGUGAAGUCCUCCCUGGAGAAGGCCCUGCAGGCUGCCAAUGAAGGCGUGGCAGCUGUGGGCUUCCCUGGUGCCGUGUUCCGCCGUGACAUCGGCCACCAUGCCGUGGCCCACUUGAAGCAGCAGAGAGGUCUGACCUAUAAGGACAGUGGCGUGGACAUCGCUGCCGGCAACAGAUUGGUGGAGAUGAUCAAGCCUCUAGCCAAGGCCACGUCCCGCCCCGGCUGUAAUGCUGAGCUCGGGGGCUUUGCAGGGCUGUUCGACCUCAAGGCAGCUGGCUUUGUCGACCCCAUUUUGGUUUCAGGUACAGAUGGCGUCGGGACUAAGCUCAAGAUCGCUCAGGCCUGCGGGCAGCACAGCGGUCUGGGACAGGACCUGGUGGCCAUGUGCGUCAAUGAUGUCCUGGCUCAAGGGGCGGAGCCGCUCUUCUUCCUGGAUUACUUCUCCUGCGGACAGCUGGAUGUGCAAGUGGCCGGUUCUGUGGUCGGAGGGAUUGCCAAAGCUUGUGAGAUGGCAGGCUGCGCUCUGCUCGGUGGUGAGACCGCAGAGAUGCCGGGUGUCUAUCCUCCGGGGGAGUACGACCUGGCUGGUUUCUGUGUGGGAGCCGUGGAACGUGAUGCCAUGCUGCCCCGGCUGGCUGACAUCACGGAGGGAGAUCUGCUGAUCGGACUGUCGUCCUCUGGAGUCCACAGCAACGGCUUCAGUCUGGUGCGCAAGGUCCUGGAGCGAGCUGGCCUCCACUACAGCUCUCCUGCCCCUUUCGGCAAACCAGGAGAGACUCUGGGGGAAAUUCUUCUGAAGCCCACUAAGAUCUACAGCAAAGUGCUGUUGCCGGUCCUGCGCAGUGGUGCGGUCAAGGCCUAUGCUCACAUCACUGGAGGAGGGUUACUGGAAAACAUCCCCCGAGUUCUGCCUCCACAGCUGGCUGUGGAUUUAGAUGCGUCUCGCUGGAGCAUCCCCCCGGUGUUUUCCUGGCUGCAGAAAGAGGGUGCACUCACAGAGGAGGAGAUGACUCGCACCUUUAACUGUGGCCUGGGGGCGGUGCUGGUGGUGUCCCCGCCGGACGCCCAGAGAGUUCUGCGUCAGGUGCAGGCCCAGGAGGAGGCCUGGCUGGUGGGCUCCUUAGUCCGCCGGCAACCCGGUGCAGAUUGUGUGGUGGUCCGCAACCUGAAACAGGCGCUGGAGAAUGGAGGGGGGGUCCCCAGCGGUCAGCUGGAGCCAGAGCACAAUGGUAGCUGCCAUGGUGAGAGCAAAAGGGUCCACAAGAGGACCAAAGUAGCCGUUCUCAUCUCUGGCUCAGGCACCAACCUGCAGGCUCUGAUAGAGCAGGCCAGGCGUCCAUCCAGCUGUGCAGAGAUCGUGCUGGUCAUUUCCAACAAGACAGGGGUUCAGGGCCUGAAGAGGGCAGCGCUGGCUGGCAUCCAGACCCGGGUGGUGGACCACAAGCUGUACGGCAGCCGGGCCGAGUUUGACGGCACCAUUGACCGAGUGCUCGAGGAGUUUGGGGUGGAGCUGGUGUGUCUGGCCGGGUUCAUGAGGAUCCUGACCGGAGGCUUUGUCAAGAAGUGGAACGGGAAACUGCUCAACAUCCACCCAUCCCUGCUGCCCUCCUUCAAGGGUGUCAACGCCCAGAAGCAGGCUCUGCAGGCCCGAGUCAGGGUCAGCGGCUGCACCGUCCACUUUGUGGCAGAGGAGGUGGAUGCGGGAGCUAUCAUCGCGCAGGAGGCCGUGCCAGUGUUGGCGACUGACACAGAGGAGAGUCUCUGCGAUCGCAUCAGAGAGGCCGAGCACAGGGCGUUCCCUGCAGCUCUGGAGCUGGUGGCCAGCGGGGAGGUGCAGCUGGGUCAGGACGGACACAUCGUGUGGAGGUCCAGCUCUCAGAACUAGUGAGACUCGCACGGCCAAGUGUUGCUCUGCUCGCUGUGGGAGCCAGCGCUCAAGCCGUUUGACCUGCAAGGGAAGUCGGCAUGCAUGUCUGCAUGUCACUCUCCGUGUUAGACCCGAAAACCACAUUCCUACUUCGACUCAUCUGCACUGGCUUGACUGUCAACACUGUUACACUGCAUUGACAUUAGUCCCUGACUAGGUCAUUAAAAAAACAAUCCAUGAUUUCAGUAA